AUGUCUUCCAAAGGUGACAAAAUCCUUCAUGAUGAAGAUGAAGGCACUAUAGAAGACAUAAACAUCGUGCCUACGGCAGACCUCCCGACAAGACUCGCAGACAGCGUCGCCUAUGGGCCGGGAGGCAUCCGAGGCGUUAUACAGUCCCCCUUUGUCUUCGGAGCAGCCUUUCUCGCCUCACUAGGCGGCUUCUCUUUUGGAUAUGACCAAGGCGUUAUUUCCAUCAUCAAUGUCAUGCCUCAGUUCCAUAAUGUCUUUCCCAGGGCAGCUUCUGGCUUUGGGAAGGGCUUUAUGACUGGUAUGCUGGAAUUUGGAGCUUUCAUAGGCUGUUUCUUCAUGCCCUGGAUGGCCGAUAAGAUCUCCCGAAAGAAAGCUCUGGCAGUUGUUGUUGUAAUAUUCAAUAUUGGUGGCAUACUUCAGACUGCUGCCGUCAACUACGAAAUGCUCGUCCUUGGUCGCACAGUUGGUGGAAUAGGUGUCGGCACUCUUGCAUUGGGCGCUCCUCUUUACAUCUCUGAGAUCUCACCCCCGAAUCUACGAGGUACUCUUCUGGUUCUCGAAUCCAUAUCUAUUUGUGCCGGUGUAGUUGUUUCAUUUUAUAUCACUUAUGGAACUCGCCACUUGGAGGGCGAGAUUGCCUUCCGUCUUCCUCUUGGCCUUCAAAUGGUCUCUGCAACAAUCGUCGGAGUUGGAAUCCUCUUCUUCCCUUACUCACCCAGAUGGCUUGCCCUUGUUGGGCGCACAGAAGAUACUCUCAGAAAUCUAUCUCGAAUGCGUCGUCUUCCCCCUGACGACUCUAGAGUCCUUACUGAGUAUCAAGGAACUAUCGCUGAGGCGCAAUUCCAGAAAACCGUGCUUGAGCGCCGCCACCCUGGUAAACAGGGCUUCAAGCUUGAAGUCUUGACUUGGUUUGACUUGUUUAGCCCCAAGACAUGGCGAAGAACCGCCGUGGGUUGUGGGAUCCUCCUAUUUCAACAAUUCAGCGGAGUCAACGCUUUCAUUUACUAUGCCCCGACUCUUUUCCAGUCACUUGGUCAGUCUGAGGAGAUGUCUCUUACCAUGUCUGGUAUCUUCAAUGUUCUUCAGCUAGUUGCAGUUGGUGUCUGUUUCUUUAUCAUAGAUCGAGUUGGUCGCCGUCCUCUGGCCAUCUUCGGUGGUGUUGGAGGUGCUGUUUCGUGGGGAAUCAUGGCUAUUCUUGUUGGCGUCUUCUCCCACGACUGGAAGGCCAAUGCAGCAGCUGGUUGGGGAUCUGUUUCUAUGGCCUUCAUAUUCAUUCUAUGUUAUGGAGUUUCGUAUUCGCCUCUGGGUUGGGCCCUGCCAUCGGAAGUUUUCCCCAGUGCAACUCGAUCUAAGGGUGUAGCCCUGUCGACUGCAACUUGCUGGAUUUGUAACUUUAUUGUUGGUGUCAUUACUACUCCUAUGCUGGAGUCCAUUGGAUUUGUCCCCGAGACUAAGGGUCGAUCUCUAGAGGAGAUGGACCAAGUAUUUGGUGACAACAGUGGUCAAGAGGAGAAGGAGAUUUUGAAAGCAACUGUUGCGCAGGCCCGGAGUGCAGGCAAUCCUAUUCAUCAGGUGUAG